GCAGAAGAGACAACUCCCUCCGUUUCUCUCCAAAGAAACAACUGAAUACGACAGCUUUUUCUCAACAACAUCAUCUCUGCCUAACACUGAGUGUCGAUAUGGCUGCUGCCAGCUGUCUGCUGACUGAAGAUCAGUUCCUGUGCUCCAUCUGUCUGGAUGUGUUCACUGAUCCAGUCACCAUACCGUGUGGACACAACUUCUGUAAAACCUGCAUCACUAAACACUGGGACAUUAAUUCCCCCAAUCAGUGUCCUAACUGCAAAAGACUUUUCACCACCAGACCUGAGCUGCAAGUCAAUACCUUCAUAUCUGAGAUGGCCGCUCAGUUCAGACAGUCAGCUCAACAGAAAGCCAGCAGCAGCAGCUCAGAGCAACAUGUGUCCAAACCAGGAGAAGUUCCCUGUGACAUCUGCACUGGAACCAAACGGAAGGCCCUGAAGUCCUGCCUGGUGUGUCUGGUCUCCUACUGUGAGACUCACCUGGAGCCUCAUCUGACAAGUUCAGGCCUAAAAAGACAUCAGCUGAUCGAUCCUGUUGAGAACCUGGAAGGCAGGAUGUGUACGAAGCACGAUAAACUGCUGGAGCUGUUCUGUAAGACCGACCAGAUGUGUGUCUGCAUGCUCUGCACCGUUUCAGACCACAAGGCACAUGAUGUUGUUCCUCUGAAAGAAGGAUAUGAAGGAAAGAAGGCCGAGCUGGGGAAGACAGAGGCUGAAAUUCAGCAGAUGAUCCAGAAGAGACAACUGAAGAUUCAGGAGAUCAAACACUCAGUGGAGCUCAGUGAGGAAGAUGCAGACAGAGAGAUAGCAGACGGUGUUCAGGUCUUCACGGCUCUGAAGGAGUCUGUUGAGAGAAGCCAGGCCGAGCUCAUCGACACAAUCAAAGAGAAGCAGAGAAAGAGAGAGAAUCAGGCUGAAGGCUUCAUCACAGAGCUGGAACAUGAAAUCUCUGAACUGAAGAAGAGAAACACUGAGGUAGAGAAGCUCUCCCAGUCUGAAGACCACCUCCACCUCCUCCAGAGCUUUGCCUUCCUCAACACAGCUCCACCCACAAAGGACUGGACGGAAGUCAAAGUCCAUCCACAAAUUAAGGGGACUGUGGUGAGAGCUGUGAAUCAGCUGGAGGAAACGCUCAGCGAGCAGAUGAAGAAGCUGCUCUCCGAGGCCGAGCUGAAGAGGGUCCAGCGGUCUGCGGUGGAUCUGACUCUCGAUCCUGAUACAGCACAUCCCAACCUCAUCUUGUCUGAUGAUGGAAAACAAGUUCAACACGGUGAUGUAACGAAGAAUCUCCCAGACAAUCCUGAGAGAUUUGAUACUUGUAAUUUUGUUUUAUCAAAACAGAGUUUCUCUUCAGGAAGAUUUUACUACGAGGUUCAGGUUAAAUGGAAGACUUACUGGAAUUUAGGAGUGGCAAGAGAGUCGGUCAACAGGAAGGGAUACAUCCCACCAAAUUAUCAAAAUGGUUUCUGGACAAUAUGGUUGAAGAAUGAAAAUAACUAUGAAGCUCUUGCCUGCAAUGUGGUCCAUCUCUCUCUGAAGUCUCGUCCUGAGAAGGUGGGAGUCUUUGUGGAUUAUGAGGAGGGUCUGGUCUCCUUUUAUGACGUUGAUGCUGCGGUUCUCAUCUACUCCUUUACUGGCUGCUCCUUCACUGAGAAACUCCACCCAUACUUUGGUCCGUGUAAUAACAGCCGUGGUAAAAACUCUGCCCCUCUGAUCAUCUCUCCCGUCAAUCCCACUGAGUAGAAUUUUUUGAUUUUAUUCAAAAGAUUCAGUAAGAUUUAAUGUAAUAAAUGUAUAUUUACUGUGUGAUCAUUUUGUGGUGUU